AUGACAACUUACAGCAUUUAUUUCGGUUAUUGGAUCAAUUGGUCACAAGGAAAAAUCCUUGGGGCUACGAUCACACUUUCUCAGAGAUCAGGCGGCAUCCUGAUCUCAUUUAUAGCAACCUUCAUGGCCCUUGUCGGAGCGCAGCUUUGGCGUAUUGUUAGCUUCGCAAUUCAUCAAGGGCGGCCACAAAAAGGCGAACUCGAUGGACUGUACUAUCAACAACAAAACAUUUUCCGAAACACUUCUUCACCGGGAGGUGCUGCAUGGUCAUUUACACUACAAAUGUACUACUGGAGAGGAAAGGCAAGACAUACUAUUCUUAGAACCCUGCCAUGGGCUCUGCUGGCUGUUCUCUACCUUUUACUGUCUGGAGCCCUUGCGACCUUUUCCUCUGAAAUUUCAGUCUCAGCUGGUAAUGCGCGACGAAUUCAAGGACAAGAUAGUUGUGGGUACUGGCUGACCAACUUGACGUCGACAGAGGGCAUUAGAGCGCUUACCCAGAAGACGGCGAACGACACACUUGUGGCCGCAAACUAUGCGCGCCACUGCUACGGCACUCGUAUGUCACAGCAACAAUGCGGGACGUUUCCAGUCGGAUCUAUCGACUGGAUUUCGGAACAGAACUCGACGUGCCCAUUUGAUUCAGGCAUGUGCGUGUAUGGUGACACCGCUGCUUUCAACAUGGUUUCAGUGGCCAUUGACUCUCACACGCAUCUAGGCAUCAAUGCGCCUAAUGAAAACCGCGUUCAACUAAAGAAGCAGGCCAGUUGUGCCCCUCUAGUUCAGCUGUUGAGAAAUGUCAGUAGCUCGGGCGAGUCUCUACUAAAUUACGAAUAUGGAUCAACAAAUACCGGCAAUUAUACCUGGCAAUACAAUACCCACGCAAUAAUGGACGAUAUAGGUUACACAACCAAAGCUCUUGCCUCUUAUUAUCCAGUCAGCGCCGACGAUGCCUGGGUGCCCAUCCCCGCCCUCAGACGAGCAGACACAGACCUGUCGAUAGUCUUCAUAGCCUCAAACUCGAUACUCUUCCAAGAGCCCUGCGAUGAUCCAGUCUUUAGUGCGCACAUCCCAAAGAAGCUGGAUGAUGACCUGGCCUAUUACAAUACUGAUUUCUGGGCGGUCGCCAUCACCUGCGCCGAACAAUACCAAAUAUGCAACCCGUACACCAAUUCUUGCACACAAAUGCUUGGAAUUAAGCAGCUCACCACUGGCAACGCUCUACUGGCCCUCAACCUCAACCCAGUCCAAAAACAUACAGCUGAUCGCAUCAUUCAGGCUGCUAUAUUUACCAACAUAUACCAACAAGUCACAACUCGCAUGGCAGGAGCCCUGCGUGCCUCCGAAACCGUGGCUCAACUAGAGCAGCAACCGCUCCCAGCCAACCAAUGGCAGAUUGAAUUGGGGAGUUGGUUCGAUACCGGCCUUGCGCGCCUACAGUAUGGCGUCCAGGAAUACGUAACGGGUCCCUCCAACGUCGCCGAAGGAUCCUAUGUUUUUCAGCCCGCCAAAGACGGGAACUCCAUAGAGGCUGAUAUGUGCGUCAAUCAGCUAGUCCUCGACAGCUCGGACAGUAUCUCCUUUUCAGUGCUGGGCAUGGCCCUAAUAUUGAUCGUGGGCAGUCUAAUCAUAGUCACGUCGUUCGUCCUUGACACCGUUGUCGGCAAGAUCCAGACAAAGAUAGGGCGUGGCGAGAAACGGAAAGAGGCAUGGAUGAAUGAUGACAAGCUUCAGUUGCAGCGUUCGGUGCUGCACAGUAAGGGGCCAGAUUCCUGGGAAGAUCCUCCGGCAUAUCCUACGACCAAAAGGCGCGGGCUGCUCAGCGAUCCCAUGGAGCUAACAGCAAGAGAUGGGAGUUGUGAUCAUGACACUGCCAGCAGCGGCAAGAACAGCCUCUCCACUAGCCGUCAGAUACCAAUAUCCAAUCACUAA